UUGUGGGACAACUCUUGUGAGCCUCCUUUCUAAUCAACACGGUCAAGGCGAACAACAGCGUUGCAAAGAAUUGACUCAUUGAAGUCUCCAUCGAACCAAGUUAACAUUUUUGUCCAUUUGGUUUGACCAUGUUUUACGAUCAAAACUCGUACACUAUCUAAAACGCAGUUGUCUCGGACUGUUUGAUUGUUUAUUACCAGUGUUAAAACCGCACUAAAACAGAGUUACGCGUUACGGUGUGGUACGUUCAACGUCAGUAUUAAUUAGUUUGAAAAUCGUUACGGUUCGUUGCCACUACUUUAAUUUAUAAUUUUCAUUGCGUAAGAGUGAGAGACAGAUAUGGAUCGAUUUGAAUCUUUCCAAAAGGCAACGUUCAGUUUAGGUGAUUACUUGAUUUUUAUCGCCGCUUUGCUUUCUUCAAUGGUGAUCGGCAUGUUUUACGCGUGGCGUGGCGUAAGCAAUUCAACGUCCGACAAUCUAAUUGGCAGAAAAACAAUAGGCAUAUUUCCCAUCGCCAUGUCUUUAACAGCAAGCUCAAUAUCGGCUUCAGCUUUGCUUGGCAUACCGACAGAUGUUUACCUAACUGGAUCGAUGUACUGGUGGAUAAUUGUUGCCGCGGGUCUCUCCAUUCCAGUAUCCGUUUAUGUCUACUUGCCAUUUUAUCACCAACUUCAGCUUGACGGCUCGAUCCAUCAAUACCUUGAAAUGCGCUUCAGUUGUUCUAUACGACAGUUAAUUUCUAUACUCUACAUUUUCAAAACGAUUUUUUAUUUGGCAGUCAUGGUGUAUGGACCAUCACUUGCUUUAAAACAAGUGACUGGACUCCAAGAGAAUGUUUCAAUCAGCAUUAUGUUCGCUGUGUGCAUCUUCUAUACCGCUAUUGGCGGUAUCAAAGCUGUAGUAUGGACCGCCACUUUCCAAUUAUGCAUGAUGUACGGAUCAAUAAUUAUUGUGUUGGUGAAAGGAGUCAUGCUCGUCGGUGGUCUAGAAAACGUUUUUUUGCUGAACGCCAACUCGUCCCGCAUUGAAUUCUUUAACUUCGAUUUCGACCCUACCACACGUCACACAGUCUGGUCUUUGUCCAUCGGAGGAUUUUUCUUGUUCACAUCUAUGUACGCUACGGAUCAAGUGUUUGUUCAGCGAUGCUUAGCUUUGCCAACGCUUCAUAAAGCACGAAUAUCGCAGUGCAUCAAUUUCCUUUUACUAGCAGGAAUCAUUUCUCUCUGUUGCUUAACAGGCCUUGUUACAUAUGCAUUUUACUUUGACUGCGCUCCUUUGAAAGCCGAAAUUGUUAAAAAUUCGAACGAGAUCUUCCCUUUGUUUGCUAUCCAAACUAUCAGGAAAUUUCCGGGUUUACCAGGAAUUUUCGCAACAGGAAUUUUCAGUGGGGUUACAAGUAUUCUAUCUAGUAAUUUACAUGCCGUCUCGCUGGUUGUUCUCGAAGACCUAAUUCGACCUUCCUUCCCUACAAUGCGGGAUAGCAAAGCAUCAUUAGUUAACAAAAUGACCGUAAUCAUCUUUGGCUGUGUCACAUUUGGCGUGGCCAUAUAUUUUUCCAAGUUUCAAAUUUCACUGGAUUCUUCUCUGAGUUUUCUUGGCGCUAUGGCAGGAAUAAUUCUAGGGGUUUUUAGUUUAGGUAUGUUUGUCCCAUGGUCUAAUUCGACUGGAGCAGGAUUUGGAGCUAUUAUAUCUUUCGCAAUUAUGAUGUUGCUGGGAAUAAGCACACAAAUUGCCAAAACUAAUAAUCUAAUUACGAAUGAUCAAAUGAAACUACUUAUCACAGAUAACUGCCCGUCGUUCAAUUCAACAGACGUUGUGUCACCUUCCGUUAAUUUUUUUAUCCAAAAAACGGAUGCAUUUGUGCUCUUACGGAUUUCGUAUUUGUGGUACACGGUAUUGAGCGUGGUGAUCGUCUUAAUCAUUGGUACCAUUGGAAGCAUUUUGUCUGAGCCGCAAGAUCCUGCAAAACUAAAUCCCAAGUUACUUUACCGAGUAAAUCAUAACCGUCUAUUAAAUAAAGCGGCACUCCAACCAAGUGAUGAAACCGCUGGCGCUACGGUUAUUCGUAGGCAACGAAACGGGAUAUUACUGUGGGAAAUUCCUAGGAGAUUAUCACCAAUAAUAGAAGUAAAUUUGCCUGAUACCUAACAUUUACGUCUUCAUUCUAUGAUGUAAGUAACAUUUUACUUCGAAUGCAUCACAAACACUUGCCAUAGCAAUUAGACAUGAUCUAGUUAUCCGUGGUCAUGAUGUACCUGAUAUUUGAAUAUACUGAAAAUGAAUUAU